AAGUCACAAGUAAAAAACAAGAUACAACGAAAAAGCAAAAAAAAAAUAUCCAAGAAAUGAUAAAAAGAUAAGCAAACACAUAAAAAAAAAAACUUCUGGUACUUAUAUCAAUAUUAUUCUAAUAAAUAUUUACUCAAAAUAUCUUUCAUAAUCAUAACAGACAAAAAAAAAGCAAAACCUACAAACAAAAUGGGCAAUCAACAAACAAAAAGUGAUAAAAACUCACUUCUAAACUCGGAAGAAACAAUCUUUGUUGAUAAUUCAUUCAAAUCAUUGACGACAAACCAUGAUAAAUUAAAACCAGAUGCAUUAUUAAAAUCGUGGUCAAAUCUAGUCGAUCCCGAAUUUCUAUCUUUCACUAAAGAAAGUCUAUUCGGUAAAACAGAAACCAUAACAAUCAAACAAUAUAUCGAACAUUAUUACGUUGUGACCAAAGGAAGUCUCUAUGAAAAAUCAAACUAUAUUAAUUCACGAAUUUUUGGUAAUCCUCCUGGGGUCGAGGGCGGAAUUACCCCAGAAAAUUUACUAAAAUUCGUUUCUUCUGUUGUAAGAAGCUAUUUUAUUGUGUUGGAUCACAACAAAACACAAGAAUACACAAGUUGGUUGAAUAGAAAUGUUUUAGUUAAUCGCAAAGACAUUGACAAUUAUUCACAAUAUUUGCUAAAAGAUUUGAUAAAUGUCCAACCAAUUUCUAUGGAUGAAUUAGAAAAUUGGCUACAUUUCAAUCCACUGUGGUUGCAAAUGUGGAAGGCAAUUGUAGUAUUUUUAAUCAGUCAAAAAUCUGUGCAUAUUCCUAGCACAGCUGAGUGCCAACCAAAAACGCUGCCAUUAUGUGAAUUACCACCAAAUUGCAAUCAAUUGAAAAGUAUUCUUGAUGUGGGAAAGAUUAUGUUUUUAAAUGAUCAAUUGCCAACUGAUUUUAGAUCGAAAUGGAGACUUUUAUUUAAUUCACAAAUUCAUGGUGAAAGUUUUGCCACUUUUCUAGGUAAAAUUUUAAACAAAGGACCAACUGUUCUUAUUAUUGAAGAUGAACAAAAGUAUAUUUUUGGUGGAUUUGCUCCACAUUCAUGGAAUUUAAAUCCCAAGUUUGUUGGCAAUGAUACAGCAUUAUUGUUUACUUUGCAACCAACAAUGCAGAGUUUUAUUACGUCCGGUUAUAAUGAUCAUUAUCAAUAUUUGAAUACCAGUCAACAGACAAUGCCAAAUGGACUCGGAAUGGGUGGUCAAUUUGAGUAUUGGGGAUUAUGGUUAGAUUGUGAAUAUGGAUUGGGACAAUCCUCGGAGACAUGCACAACUUUUAAGAAUUAUAAACAAUUAUCUGGGCAAAAAUCGUUUAAUAUAAGGAAUAUUGAAGUAUGGGGUGUUGGUGAGGAACCGGAAAAGGAUGAUGCCGAAGGACCGCAAAGAUCAAUUCUUGAUAAGAAUUUGGAAGAUAAAGUGAUUUUGGAUUUGGCCGGACGGCAGAUGCAUUCUGAGGGUUUGCGUGAUCCUGAUUUGGAAGAGUAAAAAAGAAGAACUGAUUGGAGGUACCUACAUAUAUUCAAAUUUAAUCGAGCAGCCUUUUUGUAGAAUUUUAGUCAAAUUAAAAAAAAAUAUAUAUAUAAUUUAAAAUUAUUUAAUAAAUAAAAAGAUGUAUUAUGUUCCUUAAUUAUAAAUAAAUCCUUAUGAUUCAAUAAAAUAUCCUUUAAUCAUAA